AUGUCGGACAGCAAUUCGACCACAAACUUGCAAUCUCAAGAUGGCGGUCAAGCACAGACUCGUCUCCCAACCCAGGCAGAACUCGACAAAGUCGCCCAGAUAGGUAUCCUGGACAAGAAUGGCGACAAGGAGCAGUUCGGUACGCUGUGGAGUCGUCAUGGAGAUAUGCCGCAUCGAACGAUCGUUGUGUUCAUCCGUCACUUCAACUGCGAGUCGUGCGCGGAUUAUGUUCGUGCUCUGUCGGCAGCAUUCUCCCCUAAAGCUCUGGCAUCAAGGUCCAUACCAACGUCGCUUACCAUUGUCGGCUGUGGUAGCCACACGUUUAUCUCGACUUACAAGGAGCGCACUCACUGUGAGUUUGAGAUCUAUACGGAUCCAUCGCGCGUCACCUAUGAUACGCUCGGCAUGACGUGCAACUUGGGACUCGGGAAGAAGCCGAGGUACAUCGAGAACAGUCUCAUGGGAACAUUGAUUGGUACUGCAAACACGUUGAUGACUUUGACUACUUCGUCAGGGAAGAAGAACCAGAAUGGUGGAGAGCUGAUCUGGAUUGACGGCGAAGUCAAGUGGGCGAGGAGGAUGCAGAACACACGCGACCACGUUGAGAUUGAGGAUUUGAAGCAUGUCUUGGGCAAUCAGGAGAAGGACUUGGGGAAGAACGACACUACAUGA